CCGAAAUAUUAGUUACUGUUCAGCAGAGCUACAGAGCACAACUAAGAAAGCAUUCAAAAAGUAUUUAAACUAAAACAUCAAAAAAAAAUAUCAAAUCAUUGGAAUUAUUCGGACAAUAAGAUCUUAAAAAAGAAAAUGGCGACUUGUAGGAGCAAAAUCAAAACGCGAAGGAUGACCAUUGGAGCUCCGCUGGAUUCCCAUGUGUCUCGUCUCGAAGAGAAGUAUGGUAAUAGGCGAUAUCAGAGGGAGGACUCUCCGGACGAAUACAGCAACCGCGGAAGGAUGAACCGCCGCAUGUCGACGGACCCACUUGAUUGGGAAGAGCGCCCGCCAACUAGGCGCCAGAACUUGGAUGACCAGCGGUCUCGUGGCCCAGGAGGGCGUGUCUUCGACCCUUUCAAAUCCGUUAGGGAGCAAUCUAUGGACAAGAAAUCGAACCAGUCCUUUUCUCGCUCAACCUCGUCGACCAGCAGUGAGGGGGAGUAUCCCAGAGAAGAUGACGAGCCACGAGUGUCCACCCGGGAUCAGCUUAAUCGGGCGGUCCUAACCCGAAACUACCUGGAGAGUAUCCUCGACAAACCAAUGUUCAAGGAGACUGUAGUCGGUUGCUUCAUACGACUCAAUGGUAAAAUCUUUGAGAUUGUGGGUCAUUCUCAGACCCAGAACGCUUAUAAAAUGGGCAUUAAGCCCACCAAAAUAACGCUCUGCCUGAAGCAUGGCUCCGAGGAACAUAGCUCCAGCAUGAACUUGAUUUCCAAUCAGCCGAUCUCGGCAAAGGAGUUUUACAAGUGGUAUGAAACCAAUCGGCGCGCUGGAAGGCUGCCUCCCACUCUUUAUAAGAUCGCAAAGAAGGAGCUGGAAAUGGAGAAGACCUCGGCGUACACAUUCUCCGAAUCCGAUGUCGAAGAUCUAAUUCGAGCCAAGGGGAUGGAUGGUCAAAAUCAAAAGACCGCUCAUAAGAAAGUACGUUUCUAUAUGGAACGCGAUAUGGCACUGUGCAUGAAUAAUAUGGAAAAGGUUGAGGAACUGGAGAAACAAAUCGAUAAGCUCGAUAAGAAGUCCCGAGCCGUGGACAAGGGUACCCGGGUAUUUCGAAGCCGGAAUUCAGGUAGACUGCGAGCAGCGGUCGAGCCCACUUUUAGCCGGCAAGUCUUGGCCGGCCCAUCGGGUAGGAAGAGGUCCUUUUCGGGUCGGGUCCCUAAGUCGAAUGAGCCCGAUCUAGAGCAGUAUAUGCGUAGGAAGUAUAGAAGGAGUGCCGUGGCUUGUCGUGGUCGCAUGGAUUCUGAUCCCGAAUCUGAGGACGGGAAAGAAGUUGCUCGUCCAGUGUACAACGAAGUGCACACUGACGAAAGCGAACAGGAGGAGAAGCAAUCCAACUACCAUCUAAAAUUGGAUUUAAAGGGACUAACUCCGUUAAAAAAAUUAUUCCCGGGUGUCACGUUCAAAGGGCGCAGGGACGAUAUGAUGUGAAAGACCAUCGAAGUUAGCAUCGGAUAUACGGGUGUAAUACUUCCCUGCAAGCUCGUUUGAACUUAACUAGCCAACAAUACUUAUAUCUGGAAUUUAUGCUAUUAAGCCAACACAACUGGAGAUCCCGGAAAUAAAAUCAAUGGUGAUCCCAAAUGUAAUACCAGUGGUGAUCCCGAAAAUAAAAUCGAUGGUGAUCCCAAAUAUAGAAUCUAAGGUGAUCCCAAAUGUAAUACCAAUGGUGAUCCCAAAAAUAAAAUCAUGGUGAUCCCAUAAAUAAAAUCAUGGUGAUCCCAUAAAUAAAAA